CAUAUUGACCUCUGCUAAAUUAGAUGCCACCAGCUACAGGUGGCUUGCAGCUUUGUCUAACUACAACUUUAAGUUGCAGUAUAGAGCGGGCAAGCAGAACUUAGACGCUGAUGGACUAUCUAGACGUCCUCAUGGUGAACUUGUAAAUGAUGUCCAGUCCAUGAAGGAGCAGGAGCGGGUGAGCCGGUUCGUAGAGAGCCACUUAGCUGACACCAACACCACAGAGCUUGUAGAUAGUGAUGUUGUCCAAGCAAUCUGUCAGUCCCACUUUGUGAAGAUCAGAGAUGAGAGUCAGGAUAGGGGUGUUACUCUUGUAGAGUCACUUACCGUCUCUGCUGACGCGAUCCCAGACAUCUAUGUUUCAGGGGAACACAGCGGCUUACCAACCAUUCCUGCCUUGUCCCAGUCAGAACUGAGAGACAAACAAAGAGAGGACUCAACAAUCCGCCAAGUGAUUGAACAGCUGGAAAAUGGUCAAGCACCUCCACCAACUGCUAGAAAGGAACUCCCAGGUCUCCCACUUUUGCUCAGAGAACUCAAUCGGUUAGAGAUUCAUAAUGAAGUGUUAUACAGAAAAAGACGGGAUGGGGACCAAGUGACCCAUCAGCUCGUUCUUCCAGAGGAGCUCAGAGCUCCUGUGCUCCAAAGUUUGCACAAUGAUAUGGGCCACUUGGGAAUCGACAGAACCCUUGAUCUGGUCAGAACACGCUUCUACUGGCCACGGAUGGCAACAGAUGUUGAGCAAAAAGUAAAAACUUGUGAGCGAUGUACACGCAGAAAAACCCCCCCUGAGAAAGCAGCUAGCCUUGUCAACAUAACCACUACCCGACCUUUAGAGCUAGUCUGUAUGGACUUUCUCAGUCUGGAACCUGACAGCAGCAACACUAGCAACAUCCUCGUAAUGACCGAUCAUUUUACUAAAUUUGCCCUGGCGUUGCCUACUCCCAAUCAAAAAUCAAAAACCGUUGCCAAGUGCUUGUGGGACCAGUUUAUCGUUCACUAUGGCAUACCUGAGCGCCUGCAUAGUGAUCAGGGACCUGAUUUUGAAGCAAAGCUAAUAAAAGACCUCUGUGAAAUCUCAGGCAUAAAGAAAAUAAGAACAACCCCUUACCAUCCGCGGGGCAAUCCCACUGAGAGAUUUAACAGGACGCUGCUUAGCAUGUUGGGAACACUUGAAUCCAAACAGAAGUCCCACUGGAAAGAUUAUGUUAUGCCAUUAGUACACGCGUACAACUGCACACGUAGUGACGUAACAGGGUUUUGUCCCUAUGAAUUAAUGUUUGGGAGAAAACCUAGAUUGGCAGUUGAUCUUGCGUUUGGACUUCCCCUCAACAAAGAUCAGAAGGUGACUCAUGUGCAAUAUGUUGAAAGUCUCAAGAAACGUAUUGAGGAAAGCUAUAAGUUAGCUUCUCAAAAUGCUCGGAAAGUGGCAGAAAAAAACAAGGCCAGGUUUGACCGCAAAAUCACAGUCUCUGAACUUGAACCUGGGGAUAGGGUUUUAGUUAGGAAUGUGAGACUGCGUGGUAAGAAUAAGCUAGCGGAUAAGUGGGAGGCAGACGUGCACGUUGUAGUCAAGCGUGCAGGUCACUUGCCCGUUUAUACUGUUAAACCUGAGUCAAAGCAAGGUCCCUCGCGAACCCUACAUAGAGACCUUUUGCUUCCCUGUAGUUUCCUCUCUGCUGCCACAGCAGAAAUAUCUGAAGGUGCGCCGAUUCACCGUCCUAAGACACGGCAAACUGUUGUUACAGUAAGCACCGAUCUUGAAGACUUAACCGAUCUUGACAAUGAACAUUUGAUUCAAUGGGUUGAGGAAUCCCCAUCUGAAGAAAUUGCCAGAUUUACUACUGUGACGGAGUGUGAGAAACCUCGACAACUGGAUAUGACAAACCCACCUGAUUGUGACUUAUCGGGAGCUAAAGCUCAUGCAGAACCUGAUAUGAAGGAAAAUGCGAGUGUGGAUGGAGACAAUAAUGAAACUGACAACCUUGUGGAAAACAUACUGGAUGGAGAUGAUCCUGGAAAUGAUAAACCUGUGGAAAAUGAAGGCCUAACAAUUCAAGAAAGACCUCCUGUGGAUUCAGUUGAGGAUGAAGGAAACCACUCAAUUGACUCACCUGAUGAGAUGGACAAUAAUGAUCCCAUUACAACCCAGCCUGUGAGACGAUCAGAAAGAAUCAGACAACCUCCUAAAAGACUUGAGUAUCCUGACUUAGGAAACCCUCUAGUGACUGUUGUUAAGUCACUGUUUCAGGGUUUGAGUAUAGCCUUCUCAGAGUCCCUUGCAACCAAAAAUUGACAGUAACGGUUACACAUGCAACGAGACGUGCAUGAUCAUUAACAGGGGAGGGUGUAACCCAGUGUAGAAAAUGACCCCUUUUUCUGUUAUGGAAUAAAAUUGUACGCUUUUAUUUUGAAAAACUUUUAUUUUGAAAAGAGGAAAUGCAGUCCAUUUUGCUUCACUAUCUUCCUGUUUCAUGGUCACGUUAUGUGAUAAUGACUUUCUGAUUGGUUAAGAGUAAUAUCAGUUCCACCUUCCAAGCAGUGGACUGAGACACGCACUAGUUAGCGUUUUUUUGCACUCUGAGAAUGAACAAGAGAGAUUGUAGACAGUCCGAGCCACACCUUAUGGGUCGUUUGGUGGAAGGGAAUAUGAGCCAGAGAGACCAUAUGGCUGUGUCCCUUGCUGUGCUCGUGCUGACACCUCAUCUUGGCUAGGUUUUUCCGUCCUGAUGGUUGAGUCACUGACAAGUUGGACUCCUGGAUACCUGAUGUUCUCCGGCUGGAGAUGGCGAGCCUGAACCCAGAGCUGAGCUGAAUGGAACUCUUGUCUAAAGAUCCUCUUCUUGAAGUUCAUCAGCAAAGUGGUAACAACUCCAACCCGCGGACAGGAACAGAACUGAACUAAAAAGAAAGUUUGACUCGACUAACGACUUAAAGACAAAUAUUGAGCUCAAAGACUGGGGUUUUGUUUUAUGCCGGCUUAGUAUCAUUGUCACUGUUAUUGAAUUUGUAAAUGUGCAAUUUAUUUUUUUUCUAAUUUUUUCUACAAAUAACAAUCGUUACGGUCACUUAUUCCUGCUUCCAGCCAUUUCCUUCUGCACUCACUCAGGUUGUCAUUGUACUCCUGCCGAAUCUAGUUACUGUUUCAUACGUUUGCAUAUU